UUGACAGGAUCCACCUUUACUUUGUUCUACAUUUGGUGAAGAAGGCUGCUGGCGUGAGAAUUAGGCCUCGCCGGAGAUCGAACCGUCGAAGUGAAGAGAGAGAAAAGGGGAAGGGCAGACCGGGCGGAAUAUAGAAACUCCGCUGAUCGGAUUUCCUCCUCCCCGCCUCCCAUAAUCCCGGAAAGUUUGCCUGCCCCAUCUUUUUUUUAUCGCGGGCUUCCCGCCAAUUCGUCUUCGCCAUCUGAGGAAGUGGAGAGAAUAAAAAAACCUAACACGAUACAAACUUCGUUUUUCUUCCUCUUUCUAUCUUUCAUUUUCACUCAAGUUUUUCUGAUCCAGAGCCUCACAUUUCUGGUUGACGUAUAAAUAGACUUUUUUUAGGAAAAAAAUUCUUGAAGUUACCUUCUCAAGAUUACCAGCUUCUAGUUGGAGGUUUCAGCUGUUUUUUGGCGUAGCAAACGUCUUUUUCCUUGGAUAUUGGAUAUUCGUCAUAGUAUUUGUUUAAUCGCUUCCCAGCUGUUGAAUUUGGUUUUUCCUGAAAGAUGGACCAGUUUGGUGUGUUAACUGCAAGUUAUGGGUUGAAGCCACAAGGAAAAUCGGCUCCCAUGGCGUCAGCCAAACAAGCCACAAAUUUUGGUGGCUCGCAAUCCGGAAAUUUCGGCAUCAAUACAAGUCUCCACUCCAAAUCUGCCCAAUAUGGAUCAAGAUCUCCUCAACAUCCCACUUUUGAUUGUGGUUCUUUUCUAGAUGAUCAUAAUGGGGUUUUUGGAUCUCCUGGCAAUAAGAAGAGCCAGCAUUUUGGAAGUCUUGAUGAUGAGAUUGAUAUUUUUGGUGGACCAAAUAAACCCGCCUUUCAGGCGAACGCUAGUGGUGGCGAUUCAUUUGGUUUUGAUUCAAUAUUCAUGGGGUCGAAUAAUUCGGUUUCGAGGCCUUCAGCAUCGAAUAAUUAUGUUGAUGACAUAUUUGGUGGAAUACCUGACCUGGAGAGCUCGAUUCCUGCCAAAACUGAGCACGGCCUUCCGGCAUUUCCUUCGCCAACUAAGCAACAUGUUCCUAUUGACGAUAUACUGGGUAAGACUGGUUCGCUGCAAUCAAAAUUCAAAACUUCUAACAAGAAAGGAUAUGAAGGGCUUACCAAGUCGGCACCUGAGUUUGAUGACUUGAUACCUGGAUUUGGUGGUAGCAGUAUUACAAAUAAUAGAGCACCUACCAAGGCGAAUAGGCCUAGCAAGCAGACUGUAACUUCACAUGAUGACCCAUUUUUGGUAUUUGAAACAACUUCAACAAGUGAGUCUUCAGGAUCAUUCCUGGACCCAUUAGAACAGAUUACCAAGUUAAAUAAUUCCGGAGGCACAAGAGGUAGCUCCAACACCCCAUCAUUGAGACCUCCACCAAGACCGACUAAUGGUUUAAAUGUAAAUAAAGCUAGCAGCUCGGCUUUAUCAUCAUCAAUAGAUGAACUUGAGGUAUUUGCCAUGGGUCAGGUGCGGAGUAAUGCCAGGGCCCAUAUUCAUGGUCGUGAAAAUAGACAAAACUCAGUGGCUAAGACAAACAAAAGUAAAGGAGCUCCUGAUUCAGCAAAAGUGAGUCAAAUGAAAACCGUGGAUGAUCUUGAAUCCUUUUUCAGCAUGAGUUCUCGAUCAAGCAGUGCACCAAAGUCAAGGGCCACAACCUUGGAUCAAACAGUUGAUGGCCAAAUGCAAAACAAAAGAAGAUCUGAAGUGCCUCAAAGAGUGCCAUCUGGAUCCACCGCCAGUAUGAGGAAAUCUUCAUCAACAACAUCGUUUGAUGACCUUUCACUAAUUUUUGAUUCCUCCUUAUCGUCAAAAUUUGAGGGAAUUGAUGGGGAACCUGAGGAAAGACGAAAAGCAAGACUGCGGCAUCAUCAAAGGACAGAGCAGAGAGCGGCAAAAGCAGUGGCUGAUAUGAAGCAGCGGAACCUUCAAAGCACAAUGGAGCAACAAGAGAGGCGUAGAAUUGCUGAAACUCUGGAUGCUGAAAUUAAGCGGUGGGCUGCUGGGAAAGAAGGCAAUAUGCGGGCUUUGCUAUCAACAUUGCAAUAUGUGCUUUGGCCUGAAUGUGCUUGGCAGCCGGUGUCUUUGGCUGAUAUUAUUACUUCUGCUUCAGUCAAAAAAGUUUAUAGAAGAGCAACAUUAUGCGUUCACCCUGACAAAGUUCAACAGAAAGGUGCUAGUCUUGAACAGAGAUAUAUUGCGGAGAAGGUUUUUGACAUCCUUAAGGAAGCCUGGAACAAGUUCAAUGCAGAAGAGCUUUCUUAGGUCCGGUGGCUGAACUGUCCCUCUGAAUCAAUAAAUCUAUCUUGGACAAGCCCCCAUUCUUUCUUGGGACUACUCACCUCCUUGCUGAUAGAUUGUUAUUAUGCCGUUGGGGUAAAUAUUACUUGGCAUUGGUUGGCUGAGAGUAUCCUCAUGUGAAUUAAUGUUGAUUAAGGAUUCUUCGCACAUUUGGAAGUCCAUGACAGUUGAGAUAGGCCUGGCUAAAUUUCAGUCAGGCCCUCCCUAUCAUGUAAACAGAGCUUAUCUGACGUCGAGAUAUAUACAUCAUUUGUACAUCAUACUUUUUGGUGGUAAUGGGGGGAAUUCAUCGAUUUGCUUAAAUUGCGAGUUGUAACUAGGCUUAUGUCGGAUUCUUUACCUUGAUAUGAUGAAACAAAGAAAUUCUUAAAGUGAUUUCUGCCUCGAAUUUGUAAGAUUGUAUGUGAUUAUGAUUCCUCACGCAUAUGUUUUGUGGCUGGUGGUCUUCCUUUCACCCACUAUUGUAAAGCUAAACAGGUUAUACGUCAAGAGAGAACAAUAUUUAGAUUGAUUAUCCCUCUUACAAAA